CAGCCACCUUCACACUUGUUCGUCAGACAGGACAGCGUCAAUUAAAACACACUGACACAGACUAAAACUGAACACCAUGAAGGUUCUUGUGGUGCUUGCACUUGCUGUAUUUUCAGGUUGCCAGGCCAACCUCUUCUAUGCUGAUGAGCCCAAGCCACAGCUGGAGCAGCUGACAGAUGCUUUCUGGAGCUAUGCUGCAAAGGCUACACAAACCGCAGAGGAAACCGUCAAGAUGAUCAGGUCUUCCCAACUGGGACAGGAAGUCAAUGCCAGACUGACCCAGAGUGCCGAUAUGGCCAGCGAAUAUGCCAUCACCCUCAAGAAACAGAUGGAUCCUCUGACUGAAGAGCUGAUGACCAAAAUCACCAAGGAGACUGAAGUGUUGAGGGAGCGUCUGGGACAGGACCUGAUCACCGUGAGAGACAAACUGGAGCCCUAUGCUGACAACCUCAAGAGCCAGAUCCAGCAGAGAGUGGAGGACCUCAGGACGGCCAUGGCUCCAUAUGCUGACUCCCUGGACUCUGAGACCCUGAAGGCCACUCUGCUCCAGAAGAGCGAGGAGCUGAGAGGAAACAUGGAGCAGAGCGUGAAGGAGCUGCAGGCUCAGCUGGAGCCCUACACUGCUGAGCUCAAGGAGAAAGUGGACCAGCGUCUGCAGGAGUUCCAGAAGACCGUGACACCCCUGACUGAGGAUCUUCAGGCCCAGAUUAGAGAGAGAGCCCAGAUGGUCCAGCAGAGUCUCACACCCUACGCUGAAGACCUGAAGGAAAAGCUGGAUCCCUAUGCACAGGACCUGCAGGCCCAGCUCACCUCCCUGUACGAGUCCUUCACCAAGAGAAAUUAGAUGCUUCAAAGACUUCUUUUGUCACUAUCAGAACUACUAAUGAACUUUAAAAUUUGACAUAUUUGAUCUUUGUUCUCCUCCAUUUAUUCAUCCUACCAUGCCCUACACUAAAGCUAAAAGAAAGUCUCAUUAAUUAAAAUGUGCAAUAUCCAAUGUCCUUUACAUUUGCAAAUUCUCUUUUUUCCUGUGUAAAGGUGGAUAUUUAUUUAGUAAAAAUAGGAAACAUUAUUUUUGAGAAAAAUAUGUGAUAUUCCUAUAUUCCUGUUUGUAAGUUUACAAAUGCCACAUUUUAUGUUAUUUUAAUGAUGAAUAAAA